CGUGGCCUACAUGGACGCCGUCGCCGCCCGCAACUCCGUGAUCAACCUCUCCGGGAACGUCCUCGCCGUCCGCAGCCACGCCAGGCCGGCCGAAGUGCACGUGCAUGCCAUGAGGAUAUUGACGUUCAGAACGAGGAAAAUCAUGGUGUUGAAUCUUUCGGGGAUAACAUAAGCCAGGCUAACUUUGAUGAUUGGAGUGGUGAAGAUGGAUAUGAGCAUGAGGAUGGAGCUAAUAUGGACAUUGAGGAAGCUGAAAUCCAGCAACGUGCGUUGGAGACACAGUUGAAGGUUAUGGGUAUGACAUUUGCAUCACAAUGGGAGGCUCACAUGUUCUAUAAUAACUACGCCAAAGACCGUGGAUUCAUUAUCAGAAAAGAUAAGGUGAAACGAGGAAAAGGACUUUCAACCACUGUUCGGUAUAGGAGAUACGUUUGCUCGAGGGCAGGAAAACGUCUCAGUAAAUUUUUAAACCCGGAGGGCCGUACACGCAGGCUAAGACCAGAGACUCGUUGCGAGUGUGGCGCACAUUUAGUCGUGAAGUUGGACAAAGGACGUGGAGUUUGGUUCGUGGCAGCUUUUAUGGAUGAUCACAACCAUUUGUUGGCUAGACCAGAUGAGGUGGUAUUUCUGCGGUCACAUCGAGUGAUGGGAGAUCACCAAAUAGCUGAGAUCUUGGCGAUGGAAGGAGCUGGGAUCAGAAAGCAUAUCAUCGUUGACAACUUCAUUAGCAGGUAUGGCUCGUAUGAUAAGUGUGGGUUUCUGAGACGAGACGUGUACAAUCUAUGUUGCCGAGAAAAAAUGAAGUUGAUUGCGAAGGGUGAUGCUAACACGGCAAUCGGGAUUAUGAGGAGCAGAAAGGAGAAGGAUCCAGAGUUUUUCUUUGAGUACGUGCUCGAUAAGGAGGGCUGUUUGAAGAGCAUGUUCUGGUGCGAUGCACAGUCGCGGCGGGACUAUCAAUUGUAUGGAGAUGUGACGGUGUUCGACAACACGUAUAAGAUGAACAGAUAUGGUAUGCCGUUCAUCCCCUUUGUUGGUGUAAACAAUCACCGUUGCACCACAGUUUUUGGUUGUGCCAUUGUGUCCGACGAGACCGAAGCGACGUACGUGUGGCUGCUUCAGACAUCCUGAAGGCCAAUUGUCAGAAAAAGCCAAGGUCAAUCAUCACAGAUGGAGACGCUGCAAUGAUACGAGCUAUUCGGUUGGUUUUGGUUGAUGUGUUGCACCGUCUCUGCUCAUGGCACGUGGAAAAAAACAUGCAGAAGCACCUUAAUUACAAAUCGCUAAGUGAGUUCAUGGCACUCUUGUACUACUCCACCUCUCCAGCCAACUUUGAGGCGAGAUGGCACACUUUUGUCCGUAAAUGGAAGACUGAUAAAACAGAAGAGUGGCUGAGUAGGAUGUACAGAAAGAGGAGUCUGUGGGCAGCAUCAUAUCUGUCAGAUGGUUUUUUUCUGGGUAUGCGCAGUAAUCAAAGGAGUGAAAGUCUUAACUCUUGUCUUCACCUGCACUUGGACGGCGGUAUGACUAUUGUUGACCUAGUUGUGCAUUAUGAGAAUUGCAUAGUCCGACUACGUGAGAACGAGGCGCAUGAUGACUGUGUUUCAAAUUAGUCAUUGCCACCAUCAGUCACAGAAUAUAAGGAUAUUGAGAAGUAUGCCGCUGAAGUAUUCACUCAUUCCAAUUUUUAUAUUCUUCAACAAGAUCUGAAGAAGAUGGGAGAACUUGAGAUUUUUGAGACGCUAGUGGGAGUUGACUGCCACACCUUCAUCGUGACAUGGAGAAAUAAUCGGAAAUUUCAGUUCAGCGUGAAUUAUCGAGCUGAAAACUCUGAGAAUACGAUAGACUGCAGUUGUGGACGAAUGCUUCGGAAAGGAUUGCCUUGCAAACACAUUCUGUAUGUGUUGGUUCAUCUUAAAAAAUCUAAAAUACCUAAGUGUUGCAUUCUUAAGAGGAUGUCGAAAGUUGCGAGAGGUGGGCUGCCUGCACAGCGAAAGAGUGACUUGUUUGGCUGGGGUUGGACAGGGGCAGAUGAGCGUGCUCGCUAUAGUCAACUUAGUAUAACAGGAGCUGAAGCUUUUCAUGUUGCUUCAAAUGAUCCAUUCGUCUAUGAUGAGUUGAUGCAGUGUCUGCAGAAUAUAAUAGCGAAGAAAAAGGUCCCUGAUGAUGAUGCUGUUGGUAGUACAAGAAAUGUGCAUGAGGAUCCACGUCAGCUGGAACAACAUGUUGAUGUCAUAGGUGAUCCCGUGAAAGUUUCCACGAAGGGCGCCCCUAAACAGAGCAGGACAGGGCGGGCAAAGAAAGAUCCAAAUGUUACAAAGAAUGGAAGACCAAAAUCAUUUUCUGAGAAAAAACCUGGUCUUCUUUGUGGCAUUUGUAAGAAAGAGGGCCAUAGACGGCAAACAUGCUCUGAGAAUGAAAAGAACCGGGCAUAAAGAUGAAGUACUCAUAAUCAGUUGAAGGCACUGGCAAUUUCAAUUUAUUUGUUUAAGAAUAAGAGACAUGGCACUUUGAGUUUAUUCUUUAAACCACCUUGUUUGAUGAAAGUCAUUAGCACUUUCAGUUUAUUUGUUUAAGAAUAAUAGACAUGGCACUUUGAGUUAAUGUUUAUGUCACCUUGUUCAAUGUUAUGAGACAUGCGAUUUAUAUUA